AUGGCGACCACCGGCGACUAUCGCCAGUACCUGCCCGACCUCAGCUUACCGCGGUUCCAAGUAAUGAGCCAGCAAGAUGCACACGAGUACGCACACGACUUCAAGACAGGGCACCAGCCUCCAUGGCUGCACGCGCUAUACAUGCACUGGCUAGAUCUACUGCAAGAGCCAUUCAAAGGCGUGACAACCGACGGAAUCGUCCGCCCAGGUCUCUUCACCCUGCAAGACGAAGAGGUCCCCAUCCAGACAAUCGUAGACGCAACGAACUCCCUCUUCACCCUACUAUCCGAACCCCAAAAGCAAGCGUUAAACCACCACAUCGACUCACCAGAAUGGCGCACCUGGUCCAACCCAGAAUUCCUCCUCUCAAACAAAGGCCUCCGGCUAGACGAAGUAACCCCUCAAAUCCGCGACGCAAUCAUGAACAUCCUGAAACAAACACUCUCGCCAGAAGGCUACACCAAAGCCGUCAACGCAAUGCGCAUCAACCACUUCCUAGGUGACCUCGUCAACGCCCCGGCCGUCAUGAACGAAUACUCAUACAAUUUCGCUCUCUUCGGGCGCCCCUCGACGACCCGUCCCUGGGGCUGGUCCUUCUACGGACACCAUCUGUGUCUGAAUAUAUUCCUGUAUAAGGGCCAGAUCGUUGCUUCGCCGUGGUUUACAGGCGCAGAACCGAAUGAGAUUGACGCUGGCCUGUAUGCGGGCACGCGGAUCUUGCAGGUUGAAGAGAGGUUGGGGUUGCAGUUGAUGCAGUCGCUUCCGAAGGGAGUGCAGGGGGUUGCGCGGGUUUUUGAGAAGAUGAAAGAUGAGAAUAUGCCGACUGGACGAUGGAAUAAGGAUGAUCAGAGGCAUUUGUGUGGUGCGUAUAGGGAUAAUAGGGAGGUGCCGUAUGAGGGGGUUUGUGUUGAAGGGUUUGAUGAGGUGCAGAAGGGUCUUCUGUAUGGGAUUCUCGAGCAGUUUUUGCUUUAUUUGCCUGGUAAGGCGAGGGCGAAGAAGAUUGAGGAGGUGAGGAGGUAUGAGCGGGAGAUGUACUUUUGUUGGAUUGGCGGGUUUGGGGAUGAGGAUCCGUUUUAUUAUCGGAUUCAGAGUCCGGUUAUUUUGGUCGAGUUUGAUCAUCAUUCCGGGGUGUUCUUGAAUAACGAGGAGCCGAAGAAGUUCCAUAUUCAUACUUUGUUGCGCACGCCGAAUGGAGGUGAUUAUGGGCAGGCGUUGAAGCCGUUGAUUCCGGCAGUUGAAGGGUUGAAUGGGAAGGAGAUUAUUUGGUAA